AUGGCAAACGCACAGUUACCAGGAGAGCCCAUUGACCUCAACUACUUUGUCUGCACCUUAGGUCAAGCGGCGGCCUUAAUUGCGGACAAGCCGCAUUCAUUCAGGACGGUCAAUGAAUUCAUUGAUCAUCAAGCACGAGAACAUCCGACGAGCCCAGCAGUUGGCUUCCCGAUCCCUCCCAAAGACAGAGGGACUGACAGAGAAUGGAACUACAAGGUCUAUAGUAAAUGGAUAUUGGAGAUUCAUUACCGGGGAACGAGAGGCUAA